AUGAUUCAAAACCCUGCCUCAUCUUCCUCAGUCCAUACGGUCACAUCGACCAAAUCGAAUCCUGUUACACGGCCCAAGCAAGUGUCCAAGGCGAGGUCUCCGCCAUCUCCUUGUCGGCACUGCGGCGCGUGGCAUUUCCACCGGGAUUGCACUUUCCGCCAGCAUCGCUGCCAAAGCUGUAAUCAAGUGGGACACCGUGGUGGAUUCUACAAAUCGAAACCAGCUUCUGGAGUCAAGCCAGCCUCCGCUACUUCUAGUUCCAACCACCGUUUCCGGUCAAAACGCAGGUGCAAAAACCAGUCCAUUGGCCAUUCUCUCAGUCUCUCCCAGUCCGCCACAAGCGCGUGCGGUGGUAUCGUUCAGCUAAUUGGGCAACUGCAAUGCUGUGUGUCGUCCCGCGGUGCCAGCAUCACUGCGAUCUGCUGCAUCACCAAGUCUGAUCUAAACCUACUUGGUCUCAACUGGAUUGAACAACUUGGAUUGGCCGAUAUGCCGCUCCGCGUCGUUUGCAGUCAGGUGCAGAUUCCCGCCGUGCUUGCAGACCAAGCCAAUGGCAUUCUCCAACGCUUUGCUCCAGUGUUCCAAGACGGUUUGGGUCGCUGCACAUACACUCAAGCCGUGCUUCAUCUGUCUCCUGGAAGUCAGCCAGUCUUUCGUCCAAAGCGACCAGUCCCAUAUGUAGCCCUACCACUUGUCGUUUCUGAACUGAAGCGUCUAGAGGAACUGGGAGUUCUAGUUCCUGUAUCCCACUCCUCCUGGGCCGCUCCAAUCGUUGUGGUUAAGAAGCCCAAUGGCUCGAUUCGCAUUUGUGCUGACUUCUCCACCGGUCUCAAUGCCGCGUUGACGCCGAACUGCUAUCCAUUGCCGGUUCCGGUUAAUCUUUUCACCCUGCUGAAUGGUGGCACUUGCUUUGCCAAGUUGGAUCUCGCUACUGCGUAUCUGCAGAUCGAGGUCGCCCCAGAGUCGCGCGAAUUGUUGACCAUCAAUACCCACCGCGGUCUGUUCCAAUAUACCAGGCUGCCCUUUGGUGUCAAGACCGCCCCCGCCCUAUUCCAACAAACGAUGAAUGCAAUGCUCUCCGGCAUCCCUGGCACAGCUGGGUACCUGGACGACAUCACCAUCGUGGGUCGCUCCCCUGCCGAGCUGCAAGACCGAGUUUGCGCAGUACUCAAACGCGUGCAGGAAUAUGGCUUUUUGUCUACGGACCGACAAGUGCCAAUUCUUCCUCGACUCCAUCAAGUACCUCGAAUUCGUUUUUGACGUUACUGGUCGCCAUCCAGAUCCUGAAAACAUUCGGGCCAUCCGAAGGAUGCCUCCCCCUAAGAAUGUGUCGCAACUUCGUUCGUUCCUUGGCCUGAUCAGCUACUAUAGCGCCUUCCUACCAUCGCUGCAUGACGUACGGGCCCCCCUCAACCGUCUGCUGCAGAUGGAUGCACCCUGGUGCUGGUCCCCCGACUGCGAAACGCAUUCGCCCAGCUAAAGUCGAUGUUGAGUUCAGAUCUACCGCUCACGCAUUACGACCCGACGCUGCCGAUCGCUGUUGCUGCAGCUGCUUCCAACCACGGAGUUGGUGCCGUCAUCUCACAUACUUUUCCUGACGGGUCUGAAAAGGCCAUCAUACAUGCAUCUCGCACGCAUUUCCUGCGGAGAAGAACUAUGGGCAGAUAGAGAAAGAGGCUCUAGCCCUCGUGUUUGGCAUUAAGAAAUUUCACAAACUGUUGUACGGCCGCCACUUCACGUUGUUGACGGAUCACAAGCCGUUGCUGUCAAUCUUCGGUUCGAACAAGGGCAUUCCCGUCUAUUCAGCCAGCCGACUUAAGCGAUGGGUAACCAUCCUUCUUGGCUACGAUUUCGACAUUCGUUACUGUCGCGCUACAGACUUUGGUCAGGCGGACGCCCUUUCUCGCCUCGACAGCAAUCAUCGGGAACCCGAGGAAGACACCGUGAUUACCGCCAUUUCGAUUGAGGACGAUGUGCGCCGUCAGCUAUCAGACGCCGUACGAGGUAUCCCUGUCACUUCCGCGGACAUCCAACGUGCUACUGAACAGGAUCCUGUCCUCCGUCAGGCCAUCACCUACGUGCAUACCUGCUGGCCAGCCACUGCUCUCGCUGGUGAUCUUCGCCAGCUCUUCCUCCGCCAAGCAUUGCUAUCAGUGGUUGACUCCUGCCUCAUGUUUGCAGACAGUGUGGUGAAGGAGAGUCGGCCUUGUCGUUGCACGAAUUAG